UUUCCUUACCCCGCUGCAAGUGACGAUUGCAUCUGUUGUCGGAACCAUCACAUUCAUAUCUUUCGCUGCAUACUUCAUCACCAACUUCCUGCCGAUUAUCUACCCUUCAUGUCCAUACAAGACACCGUUGUCACAGUACAUCUUUCCUCUCUAUACAUACAUCGCCCACAAUGGUUUCUUCUUUUCAGGCAUCUCUUCACUCGAGCCGGAGCCUCCCAUUCGUACAAUCCGAGAUGCUGAACGUUCCACUGUGGAAUCUAGUGCGGACGACAUGGACACAUAUGCAUUGGCUUGGCUGUUUAACAUGUCCUCCAACCCCAGUGUGCAGACCAUUGUUGUGCAGUCAAUCGGGGCUUUACCGUUGGCGUCUAUCAAGUCUAUCAAGCAACAUGCCAAAGGGGUAUCAGAAUUGUGCAACACUCUCACUCACAGCCUACUCUACCCCAUUGCAGAAAGCAGAUUUGAUUGUCUCACUCGUGCAAGCUUUUGCCUCAGUACUGCACCUCCCACUUUCUCCGCGGAUCUGCGAAAACGGAGCAAGGAACAACUUUCUCCAGAAGUCUAUGCAGAGCUUUUAGCUUCCGAUCACCAUGACUUUUCCAGUGAAACUCAGAAGAUGAUUCACAAUCUGGUUGAAGCCCAGUUCAUGCCAUCGGCAGACUAUACACGGAUUCAUCUGCAGCCCAUUGUAUGGGGGCGUCUCUUCUGGAUGCUCCUGCCCUUCUCCAAUCUAGACGAUAGUCUGAUUCAGCCUUUAUUCCGUGCAAUUCCUUCAUACUAUUGGUUGGCAGACUAUAAACCCCUUCCUCUUUUCUCGGGAAGGAACACAUUGGAUAUUUGUCUAACUCCUAACAGAGAUGAUCACGGUGUGCCCAGUCUUGAGGAAGCCAUUAACAAGUAUCUGUAUCCAUCUAUUGCUGAUGCAAUCAUCUGGUGUUUCAGAGAUGAAUACACUGUUUUCCACCCUGAUCCCACCGAUGACUUUCCCACACCUCAGGAUCCACGGCUAUGUGCGCUGUUGACAAUGGCCGGCUCGCCUUCUGCCCAAACGGUGGCCAUGUCCAAUUCCCUUCAUGACAGUUUUUUUGGAAUGGUUGUAUCUAACAUUGGAACUUUCAUGGAUGUCUGUGGGUUCCAUCUGCAUGACGACAAGAUUCCUUCCCUCACACUAGAUGCCAAUCGUUACGCCGUGUUGAAGCUGCUGUACACGUUGAUUUCAUCGGACGUGCUUGAUGGCACUUCAAUGCGAAGUCUAGACCAGCGUAUCACGUUGGUAACGUUCUUUCGGGUGCUUAAUUCAACGUCCCCUUGCCCUCGUUUUCUUCUCGAGGAUUGGUGCACACCGGUCAUGGCUUCCAACUUUGUCCGAAUUGCUUUCCAG